AUGUCUUGGUUAAAAAAAUUCUUCAUAGAUGAGGCUCAUCGAGAAUCUCAUACUCAUAUUCCAGUAUUCAUAAUAUUAAUCAGUAUUGUUGAAAUGGCGUUACUUAUCUAUACAAUAAUUGAUAAUAAAGGUUUAUCUUCAAUGUCUGAUAAUCCAAUGGCUGGUCCAUCAAGUGUAACACUUAUUCGUAAUGGAGCUAAAUAUGUUCCUUGUAUGAAAUCAACACAAGAAAAUUAUUUAAAUGAAACAAUUAAUUGUCAAUAUAAUAGUCAAACAUGUACCUAUGAAGAAUGUCUUCGUUAUUUAUGUAAUGCACAAAAUUUCAAAGGUUUUCCAUAUCAAAUUUAUCGAUUUCUAAUUCCAAUAUUUCUCCAUGUUGGAAUAAUUCAUUUAAUUAUAAAUUUAAUAGGUCAACUUGUCAUUGGAAUACCAUUAGAAAGAAAAUUUGGUUUGAUUCGUAUUGGUAUUAUAUAUAUUUUAUCAGGUAUUGGUGGAAUAUUAUUAAGUGCAAUUGGACUUCCAAAAUCUUCUAGUGCAGGUGCAUCUGGAGCAUUAUACGGAAUAUUUGCUGUUUAUUUAUUAGAUAUGAUUCGUAAUUGGAAAAGUUUAUCAAAACCUUGGUUUAGAUUAAUUAUUGACGGAGGUUUUUCUAUUGCAUAUCUAAUAGUUGGUGUUUUUGUACCAAUGAUAGAUUAUAUGGCACAUAUUGGAGGUUUUAUUAUUGGAAUUCUUUCUGGUUUAUGCAUAUGUCCAAAUUUAUAUUGGAAUAUUUGUAAAUUUAAUGAUCCAACAAAAUCAAAAUUGAUUAUUAUUAUAAUUUCUUUUAUACUUUUAUUAGCAUUUUUCUUUGGUGGUUUCGGUGUAUUUUACAGUACAACAGCUUCAUCUACAUACUCAACUAACUAA